AUGUUGCGCAUCCGCCGAACAGCCUUCAGCUUCCUUGGAGGGUUUGCGAUCGCUGACUUCUACGUAAAUUGCACGAAUCUUGAUGAUAUACAAAACGAACUGGGUGUGCAGGGCGUUGAGCGUGUUGCGAGUCCCAAUUAUUUUUCUUGGAUAUUCCGUUCCACACCUGUGAAACCGCAACAACCCGCAUUUGGCUCGACGCUGCGUGAAGACGUCGAGUUGCUGUUCCAGAAGUCUCCCCUCUCCGGAGCGGCCCUGGUUUUCACAGCGGUGUCACUUGGAGGCAUUUGGUCAUUGCUUGGUUCCUGCGCGGCUGUUGUGCUUGAUGGGGAUGAGGGUAGCGAGCGCUACGAUGCUCUGAAGCGUUGGCUGAAUGGAUAG